CCCGCCAAUUUACUCAUGCUCCUCUUUAACUGGAUUUGCAUCGUGAUGACCAGCUUAGCAAUGAACAUGAAGUUGCUGAUGAUUCCUCUGAUCGUGUCAGUACUUUAUGUCUGGGCCCAGCUGAACAGAGACAUGAUUGUAUCAUUUUGGUUUGAAACACAAGCUAAGGCCUAUUAUUUAUCAUUUAUCCUUGGACUCAACUAUAUCAUGGGAAGCUCGAUACCCAAUGACUUAGGACGAAGACAUUUUCUAUCCACACCUGUUUUUGUACUGCUAGCUGUCCAGCAGGAGAGGAGGAUGUCAGGAUUCAGUGUGCCCCCUGCUAGCAUGAGGUGAGCUGCUGAUCUGAAUGGUAGAGGUGGAAGACACAACUGGGGACAGGACUUUCAGCUUGGGCACCAAUGA